CGGCCGCCCCGCCCCUCCCAGCCGAGCGAGGGGCGGGGACGCGCGUGCGCGAGGGGCGGGGCGGCGCGAGCGAGCGCGCGGGAAGGCGCCGGCGCCCGCCAUGGAGGAGAGCCCCGCCGUGGAGGUGAGCCACUCUCUGAAGGAGCGCACCAUCGCCGAGAACAGCCUGGUGAUCCUGCUGCAGGGGCUGCGCGGCCGCGUCACCACCGUGGAGCUGCGCGACGAGAGCGCGGCCGCGGGGCGCGUCACCAGCGUGGACGCCUUCAUGAACGUGCGCCUGGCCGAGGUGACCUUCACAGACAGGCAGGGCACCGUGUCCCACCUGGACGAGCUCUUUGUGACCGGCAGGAACAUCCGCUACGUGCACAUCCCCGACGAGGUGGACAUCCGGGCCACCAUCGAGGAGCAGCUGCAGGCCAUCCACAGGGUGCGCUACUUCGGGGGCCGUGACAAGGGCCGCAGGGAGUUCCUUCCAGCCAAGCACAGCUGAGGACCUGGUGCUGCCCGCAGCAGCCAGGAUGGACCAGGGAUGGACAUGGCCCUUUGAUGAACUGCCAGCCCCCUCCAUGUCAGCCAUCCCACCCCAUGACAUCUGCCCUGGAGCAUUUUUCCCUGAGGACUUGGGGUUCUGCUGUUCCACGCACUGGUGCCUGCAGUGGAGCAGAACUGUUUUUUGUAGUGAAUAACACCACUUAAAGGCUC